AUGUCUAUUCAGGUAUGGGACACGCAAGAAUUCGAUAUUAGCAACAUUUUUAUGAUCUACAAAAUGGCAGCUGUUGAUAAAGCAAAGAAACAUACAUUGUCAUAUAUUAAUACCGUAGGAGAAAUACUUGCUCUGAGUUCCAUCUUAUUGAUGGAGGAAAACUCAUUUCGUGGAAUGACCGGCUUGCCACAGGAUAUUUACCAGAUAAUGAGAAGGAAAUUUGGAAAGAAAAGUUUACCAAAAGAAGUAAUUGAAUUGUGUCAACGUUGCGCUAUAGUUGGUCGGGAAAAUUCAAAAACUGAUUUAGAGAAUGAAAUUGAUGAGGCAUAUAUUGUCAUUAGAAAAUCAGUAUCAUCUGAAAAUCAAAAAUUAUAUCGUACAGUACGACAGAAUUGGAGGACAAGUUUCAAUGAGGGUAUUUCAAUUGAAGACACAUUUGUACACCAUUCCUUAUAUCCGCUCUUAAGACCUUUUUUUCCAGACACAGUUAAUUGGGUAAUAAACUGGGCAAAUAAAGAAUCUCUAUCGAGUACAUUUGGAAGCAAACCUGAUUUCAAUGUUGCAAUAAGACUUUGUGAUCAUAACUACUUUGAGAUCCUUUUUGGAUUGUUUAAAUCGCCAAAAAAAGCAAAUACAAAAUCUGCAAGCAUUGAUUUAGUUGAUUUGGGAAAUGAAAACUCAUUUCGUGGAAUGACCGGCUUGCCACAGGAUAUUUACCAGAUAAUGAGAAGGAAAUUUGGAAAGAAAAGUUUACCAAAAGAAGUAAUUGAAUUGUGUCAACGUUGCGCUAUAGUUGGUCGGGAAAAUUCAAAAACUGAUUUAGAGAAUGAAAUUGAUGAGGCAUAUAUUGUCAUUAGAAAAUCAGUAUCAUCUGAAAAUCAAAAAUUAUAUCGUACAGUACGACAGAAUUGGAGGACAAGUUUCAAUGAGGGUAUUUCAAUUGAAGACACAUUUGUACACCAUUCCUUAUAUCCGCUCUUAAGACCUUUUUUUCCAGACACAGUUAAUUGGGUAAUAAACUGGGCAAAUAAAGAAUCUCUAUCGAGUACAUUUGGAAGCAAACCUGAUUUCAAUGUUGCAAUAAGACUUUGUGAUCAUAACUACUUUGAGAUCCUUUUUGGAUUGUUUAAAUCGCCAAAAAAAGCAAAUACAAAAUCUGCAAGCAUUGAUUUAGUUGAUUUGGGAAAUGUGAUGAAAGAUUCAAUUGAUUUCAUUUAUCAUAACUACCACACUGAUCUGGAGAUCAGGACAUAUGGCCUUCAUGUUUUUGGUUACAAUGCUAGAAUAUAUGUGAUGGGUUUAAAUUUUGAUGGUGUUUAUCAGAUGUAUCUACUUGGUGAGUUUGAGCUUUCCAGGAGCCACUUGAGCUUCAGCUUAGUUGAAGGUGCAAUAUAUCAAAUAAGCAAUCUAUCAAUGAUUGUUGAAGAAGAUAUAAAGAGACUGAACUCAUCUCCAAUGACACCUAUCACUACUAAAUUGAUGUCACCAACGAUGAAGAUGACAAUGACUAGAUCGACAGUUGGUGGAAGUCAAUGA